AUGCCUCUCAAAAAGUCUUACUCGGACGCCUAUGCCCAGCCUCCCAAGCGCGGAGGAUGGCAGAGGACAAGAAGCAAUCCCCCCAACAAAGGACCUCUACAAUCGCUAGCCCCCGUCUCGGAAUCUUCCAAGAACAAGCUCCAGGCCUUCCGAUCCGACGACACAUCUUCCAAACCACCACCAAAGUCUGUAAAGCCCGUAAAGGCCGCCAGCAACGAACUGCAGAAAGAAAACAUCAACACCACCAAGUCGAUCCCCAGGAAGAGGCCAUUACCAGACUCCAACGACGAGCCAUCCAGCGACGCCAAAACUCCCGCAGAUCGCCAUUCAUGGAAAGAUCUGUUUGGUGUACCUGAAGUCAUCACCGAAGAGGAAGAUGGAGAAAAGUCGCCCGGUGACAGGGUCGACUGGAGGUCCGGAGUGCCCUUACAACUACCCGCUUCGCCAAUGAUCCCCAAGAAUGGCAGGAGACGUGCGAAAAGCUCCUCGCCUGCCUCAUCACCGGCUGCCAAGUUGACCACUCCCCACGUCGCCCUCAAGAGGUUUGCCGGCGCUUCCAAGACACCCCAUGCAGAUCCUGCCUCGGACUUGUGGAGCCGUUACUCUUCUAAUGGAAAUGAGACGAGUCCCUCAAACCACAAGAACCCCCUCUUUGCCCAGCUUAUGGCAUCGUCCUCACCUCGCCCGCAAUCAAGCGAUCGAUCGCUGAGAAAGUCCGUCAGUUGCGGUUCCGCUUGGCCCAAGCGGCGCCGUACCCUUUGUCCUGAUGAACAAGAUAGGAUCGUUUCCCAGGAUACUCCCAGAAAGAAGAAGUCGAGCCUGUUGUCAGAACUACUACAAUCCGUUGAUGGAGAGAUCGACAGCUCGAAAAAGCCAAACAGUGCUCCAGCACAGCAGAAAAAGUCACCCUCUCCCAAGAAGAAGUCACCAUCAAAGAGAAAGACAACACCCCAAACCGUUCCUGACCAAAACUCCUCUCCCUCACGGAAAAAGGCCGAGCGGCAAAGUACCGAAACUGACGCCUCAAAACAACCCGAAAAGGCAUCUUCGGACUACGGUGAUGACGACUUUGACUUUGACGAGAGCACUCUCCUCGAACUGGACGCUAGUAUCCUUGGUCAAGGCGACGGUAGCACUCUCAUGGCAAGUGACGCUGUCUCGCCAGCUCCACGCGAAUCGUCAAAGACCCUUGUCGAUAAUGACGAAUUUGGUGAUCUCGAUGACGAUAUCUUUGAUGGGGUAGAAGACCUGGUGGCUCAAGUUGAGUCUGCAACACAGAAACCUGCCCAGAGGUUGUCACCUAGAAAGAGACCGUCCCCCAAGAAGAGACUAUCGCCUAGGAAGACGCAGUCACCCAAAAAAUUGCCUCAACAGGUUGCGGGCGAUGAAGAUGACGAGUUUGGUGAUGAUUUCGGUAAUGAUUUUGACUUUGACGCGGUCGAAAUGGCUGCGACACAACGUGCCAGCCAUGCGCAAGAUGUUUCCUCACAUCCUAGUCAAAAGCCUAGAGCCAUACAGAGGUAUCUGGUAACCAAUGUUCUCGAGAGCUCCUACACGGAUGACCGUGGCCGUGAAUCCCCUGAGAAGAUCCUCAUCGUACAGGCUGAUAGAACCAACUCUGUGCGAACGAUCCAUCUUCGAGGCGACUGGUUUGAUACUCCCGCGAGCGUCAGCGCAUACGUCCACAUUAUCGGCCAGUUCGAAGACCAGGGGAAAUGUGUCGUCGACAACAACCAGAACAUGCUGAUCCUGCACCCAGAUCAGCUCAUCUCAUCCACUGUCGUUGCCGACUCAUUCAGCUGCAUGCGGCGUGCGGUCUUGCAGGACAGAGUCAAAGCAACCAGUGACUUGUCACCCGCCCUUGUCUACGGUACUAUUCUGCACGAGAUUUUCCAGGAAGCUUUGGUAGCCAAUAAAUGGGAUCCGGCAUUCCUCACAAACGUCAUCAACAAGACUCUUGAGAAGCAUCUUGAGGACCUGUACAUCCUCAAGGUCGGCAUGGACGAUGCAAAGAGUCAUGUACAAUCCAAGAUGCCUGAACUCCGGUCUUGGGCUCAGCUGUUCGUAACUUCCCAGCCAAAGCCUGAUGCUAUCGUCCAAGGUCGGAACGGUGACAAGGCUACCAUGUGUGUCAGCAAGCUUCUGGAUGUCGAGGAACAUGUCUGGUCACCCAUGUAUGGUCUCAAGGGCAACAUCGAUGCCACCGUCCAGGUCACUAUGCGCGACCCCCCAGCAAGGGGCUCAAGCUCAAAGGCGUCAACGACCAAGACCUUGACCGUCCCCUUCGAGGUCAAGACCGGCAAAAAUGUCAACAGCAACCAUCAGGCGCAAACAGCACUCUACAACUUGCUGCUCUCGGAUCGCUACGAUAUUGAGAUUGUCUACGGUAUCCUUUACUACAUGGAGACAUCACAGACACUGCGCAUUCCCGCCGUUAGGCAUGAGAUCCGCCACAUGAUCAUGCAGCGCAACCAGCUGGCUUGCUACAUUCGUGAGCGGAGUGUCCAACUGCCCCCUAUGAAGAAGAGCAAGAAUGCGUGCGGCAGAUGCUAUGCUCAGACGACCUGUUUCAUCUAUCACAAACUUGCUGAUGACGGAGAUGGGGAGACGAGUGCAAUGAACGAGAAGUUUGAUGAAGUAGUCAACCAUCUCAGCCCUACCCACAAGGAGUUCUUCUUGAAAUGGGAAGAACUUCUCACCAAGGAGGAAAAGGAAAGCCAAAAGCUUCGCCGAGAGCUAUGGACUAUGGUCAGUACAGAGCGCGAGAAGGUUGGACGUUGCUUCGCCAAUGUCAUCAUCGAAGAGGGCUCAGCAUACGAGAAUCACCAACAGAUGGGCAAGACCAACCGUUUCGCCUACACCUUCAUCAAGGACAAGCCUGCCCCCGGCUUUUCGUUUCUGGACUCGCAACUGACUGUGGGUGAGCCCAUUGUCAUUUCUGAUGAACAAGGUCACUUUGCACUUGCGCUAGGCUAUGUCACCUCAGUCAGAAAGACUCGCAUCGCUGUUGCCGUGGACAGAAGACUGCACAAUGCGCGCGUCCGACAGCCUGGCUUCGACGAGGCCGAUAAUCAGGUCUUUGCCAGCAUCAUGCAGGUUCCUGGCUCUGGUGAUAACGCCCCGGAAGACCGUGAAGCCGGCCCGGUCCGCUACCGUCUAGACAAAGAUGAGUUCAGCAAUGGCAUGGCAACAGUACGCAACAAUCUUGUUCAGAUCAUGGCCGAUGGAGUCUUUGGAUCUAGGCAGAUCAGGAGAUUGGUUGUCGACCUUGAGGCCCCCCGCUUCAAGGCUGUGCCAACGCAGUAUAUUCUCCCUUCUACCGCGUCGGGUCAAGGUCUGAACGUCGAUCAAAAGGCGGCUGUCGAGAAGAUUCCCGACAUGGACGCUCUAGCAACCAAGCACUUUGAUGCCGAUUCUUUCCUCGCCUACUCCGAGCAACACCCGCUUAAAGAAGGAGAUAAACUCUCUUUCUGCCCCUAUCCCACCCUCACUACCUGCUGGCUCCGUGAUCUCCUCGACCCCUCCGCGCGCGUCCGCUUCAUCAACACCGACUCCCUCCUUCCCCACUCACGCGAAGAGAAAUCCACUCGCGGUCAGCGCAUCGUUAACCCGCUUGAGUCCCGCAUCGUCUGCCAACUAGUCGACUCGCUCCUCACUGUCGGCGUGCCCGCUUCCGAGAUUGGCGUGAUGACGCAUUACCGCUCGCAACUGGCUUUGCUUAAGCACAAUAUGAAAAAUACCCUAGGCGGUAGCGCAGGAGCAAUAAGAGCGGGCGUUAAAGUGGCGGCUGAGGAAAUCGAGAUGCACACGGCCGAUCGCUUCCAAGGAAGAGAUAAGAGUGUCGUGGUGUUGUCCCUGGUGAGAAGUAACGAGGGGUGCAGUAUCGGCGAACUACUGAAAGAUUGGAGGAGGAUCAACGUGGCGUUCACAAGGGCGAAGACAAAGCUGCUUGUUGUUGGUAGCCGUGAAACUUUGCGAGGGGCGUCUUCCUCGGUGGCUGGGUCUCCUUCAGCAAUCGCUAGUCCCGAGCUGGGAGAAACCGGUGAUGAUCAGGGAGAAGGGCAAGGAGAACCAGAAGGAGGCGAAAUGCUCGCCCGCUUCGUGCGCAUGAUGGAAGAUCGCAACUGGGUGUAUGAGCUCCGUGCUGGUGCUUUGGAGGGACAUAGGUUUGCGGAUGCGAAUGCUGCUUCCACGGCUGCUGAUGCUCUCAGCCCUAGGAAACCUAAUCCCAUCUUCAAGCCGGUUUCGCCUAGGAAGGGUUCGGCGUUAUCACCAUCUAAGAAGGCGAAUGCGAAGCUUGCCGGGAAGGGAUAUAAGGUGCAGAGCAAGCUGCAGUUUGGGACGCCAAGUCAAGGGAAAGAAAAUGUCGGGAGCCAAAGCCUGAAGAGCCCGAAGAAGGGUAUUGUUGGUGGAGGGAAACAUAACCCUAAGCGCAUUGGAAUCAGUGAGCGCGCAAUCAUGAAGGGGAGGCCGAUCAUGAGGGAUAUCAUGAAUGAGAUUACUGAUGGGAGGUUUUGAGCGGCUGCUCCUUUGAAGUAUUGGUUAGG